AUGAAAAUUAUGGAAAAAUAUGUUGUCUACGUGCUGGCAUUUUGUUUUCUAAAACUUUUUCCUCCCCCGCUUCAAUUUCUUGUUAAACUUCAACGAACAAAAGUGUCAUUAGAUGUUCAAUUUACGAUGUUGGAACAUUUUUCAUUUGAUAUUCAAGUCAAGUUGAGAUUCUUAUUGUGCGAAAGAAGAAAGAAGACAGAAAGCAUUGCUGAAAAUCUUGAAGCUUUUAAACAUUAUAAAUCGCACUUGACGAUGAAGAGCCGUCCGAAAAAAAUUCGUGCUUGUGGAUUCCGAUGCUUAACUGAAGCCCAUGAUCCGUUAAUCUUUUUCAAGACGACGUGCGUCUACAUAUCUCCUACUGUGUAUAGUCUGCCAGAAUCAUAA